CGGAGUGCCAGAUCACUAUCGUCCCUUGCACCAUGGUUGUUGAGAAUGAUGUUAUCGCAACAUCCGGAGCGCGAACAGGAUUCGCAAGAUUCGAAUCGUGGAAGUGGGGUGAUUGCAGAAGUUGUAAUUGAGAAAAAACCACAGUGAAAUUCUAAAACAUAUUGACGCCAUACCACGAGCGGAGCGAGAAGAAUGACUCCCCGGAGAGUGUUCGCGCUACCCAGGCAGCAAUCCCUGUUUCUUCCGGACCGUCCUUAAUCCUUUUGUACAGGAGGUGAAAUUGGCCAAGGCUGACAUUAUCAAAGUGAGUAUAAAAUGUUAAAUUAAUCUAUUAACUCAUUCAUUUAUCGCUCACAGAACUGGGGUUGGUAUUCAAACGUACUGUAAACAUUUCUACUCCACUACCCACCUCUGAGCGCAGCCGGGUGGUUGUCGUCUAGCUCCUCGGCUGUGUGUGUGUCUGGUGGUGUGUGAAUAUAGCCUACAGUACAGGUACAUAGCUAAUCUAAGCCGAUGAAACCCUGACAAUCCUUUUGUAAUGCCUUGUUAUUGUGUAACACAAACAAUGGAGGCAUUUGUGUACACUCUAGAAAUUCCUCCAACCAUGUGAAUUUCUAGAAUGAAAAGUCUAUAACGUGCUUAUCCCUUGGUCAAUGGUUGCAUCGUUGCGCAUUAUAUAUGUUGGUAAGGAAAUUUGUGUUUUAAAAUGGCUCUUUAAAGUCCCUCUUUCAGUGGCAUGAAGUCAGUAACCUAAACACGUUACUCCAAUGUAGAUCUGUAAUAAACCUGGUGUGUGUGUGAUGUUUUUUUAAAAAUCUCUUUGCAGUGUGUAUUCCAGGGAAUCUUCCUGGUGCCUAUCCGUGCCAUCUUCCUGACUCUGGUUCUCAUGGUAACAUGGCCUGUUGCUGUCAUAACAACAUUCAUGCACCCUCUCAAAGGAGCAGUGGAGCCCAUGACUGGAUGGAGACGGUAAAUAUACAACACCAUCCUGUGCCACUACUGACAUACUGUCAUUGGUCUGUAUGUAUAACUAUAUUUCAACAAUGCAUCCACUAUGAGUACUUUAGUCCUUAGUUCCAAAGGAUGUACAGAGCAUUGUUGUUUUUCACUUACGUAGUUAGGCCUAUGGGCAGUUCCAUGGUAACAGAGUUUUGAGAAAGGAAAGAAGAUGAGGUAGAUGGUGUUUUGGACAAUACAGACAAGAUCUAAUGAAGACAGCUUCAGCUACACAGAACAGCUAGACAGAUCUUUUUUUGUUGAGGAUGAACAAGAAUUAAGCUAGUGUGAAAUUACGUGUUUCUCAAAAAUUCUACAGCUCUUGAUGCUCCCGAGUGGCGCAGCGGCACUGCAUCUCUAGUGCUCGAGGCGUCAUUACAGACCCUGGUUUCGAUUCCAGGCUGUAUCACAAUCCAGCCGUGAUUGGGAGUCCCAUAGGGCGGCGCACAAUUGGCCCAGCGUCGUCUGGGUUUGGCCGGGGUAGGCCGUCAUUGUAAAUAAGAAUUUGUUCUUAACUGACUUGCCUAGUUAAAAAAUAAAUUUAAAAAAUUACGUGUAGGGGCAAUUCCACAUUAACAGCAGAGCACAAACAUCAUUAUUUUACCAAACUUAGCAUGUAAAUGUGUUUUUGUAAAAUGUUCUGUGAAAAUUGUAUAUAUGCUAAUAAAAAGCACGAGGUGCUGACUAACGGUGAAUAAACUGUAAGCUAUAAAAACAGAGUCGCACACUCCAUAUGUAUAACCUCCCAGUAAUUUAUUGGGUAAAAAAACACCAACGUUUUGGCAUCACUGUGCCUUCUUCAGGGUGUGAAAAAGUGGAAAUAUGUAACUUUUUGUCCAAGACCAAAUUCACAUAGAAAUGUGAGUUAUAGAUCUAUCAUUGUACUUGAAAGCAAGUCUAAGAAGCGGUAGAUCUGUUUUAUGUGCACUAUUUCUAUGCUUCCCGUUCUUAAGUUUUGUUUUUGUGUCUUUUACUUUGGGUUUUGUAUACCAGCUUCAAACAGCUGAAACAACAAUAUUUUUUAUUAUGGAAACUAUUUCACAGUGGUUUAGAUGGUACAAAUAUGCUCUACAUUAUACAUUUCUUAUUUUGUCACAGAAACUGAAAUUAGGCAAACUAUAACUAGAGUUUUAGCAACCAGGAAAUGGUGUAGCGAUUUGUGUAUAGUGCAACUUUAACUUUGCAAUCAUUGUUUUUUGUUUGACCUACAUUUUAAAGUGAAAAAUCAAAUUUUAAAGUCUCAGCAUCACUAUGUUACCAUGGAAUUGCCCCUAUACAUCAAGAGCUGUGGGAUUUUCACACAUUGAGGAAGGAGGAAGGAGUAACAACUACGCAAUUUCACACUAAUUCUUGUGUCCUCAACAAAAAAUGAACUGUCAAGCUGUUAAGGAAUGUAGCCUACAUCAGCCCUUUCUGUGUAUGUAUUUAUUUGUAUUAAUUUAACCUUUAUUUAACAAAGUAAGUCAGUUAAGAGCAAAUUCUUAUUUACAAUGACGGCCUACCAAGAGGCAAAAGGUCUCCUGCGGAGACAGGGGCUGGGAUUAAAAAUGUACAUUUACAUUUACGUCAUUUAGCAGACGCUCUUAUCCAGAGCGACUUACAAAUGUACAAAACACACAUCACGACAAGAGACACCACAACACUACAUAAAGAGAGACCUAAGACAACAACACAGCAUGGCAGCAACACAUGACAACGCAGCAUGGUAGCAACACAACAUGACAAUAACACAGUAGCGACACAACAUGGCAGCAGCACAAACAUGGUACAAACAUUAUUCGACACAGACAACAGCACAAAGGGCAAAAAGGUAGAGACAACAAUACAUAAUGCGAAGCAGCCACAAGUGUCACUAAGAGUGUCAAUAAUUCUCAGAAAGGAAGGGGUCAUCGAGAUAGGACUGAUGCAACACAUGAUAAAUAAACCAAAUGGGUUAUUCUGUGACUCAAAAGCAGCCCACUCCUUUGGUUUAUUUAUCAUGUGUUGCAUCAGUCCUAUCUCUAUGACCCCUUUCUGAGAAAAUAAAGAAGAAGAGGUAGAGAGAGGAGGAGACGCUCUCUCUUUGUUUGUAUGUGUUGAUAUGACGUGACCACAGCUACAUGCAGCUGCUGGUUGUUUAUCGCUCGUGGUCACAUCUGUUUAGUUGAUAGUUGUCAGCACUAACUAGCUGAUGAACAUGGAGCACCAACUUAGCUCAUGACAACUUAGUACAGUACUUCUGACCAUCAAAAGGCUAAGUUGAGUUCCUGACAGCUCACAGAUCUAUGUUGACUGUAAUAUUGGUCCACACAGAUGUAGGCUAUAUGUAUCCAUGUUCAGUGUCUGUAGGUGAAUAUUCCCGACAGUAUACAGCUGUUAGUUUAAUCUGUAUAGUUUCAUGCUACAUCUCUGUUGAUGUUUGACUCUGGUUCCCCAGGUUCAUGUGUCGGCGUGUGAUGGCAUUCCUGGGGAGGACCUACUACUUCUUCAUGGGCUUUAGGGUGGUGGUGAAGGGCCAGCAGGUGAGCAGUGCAGAGGCCCCCAUUCUGGCUGUGGCCCCACACUCCACCUUCUUUGAUGGAAUUGUGUGCAUCGUAGCAGGCCUGCCCUCCACUGUGUCCCGCACUGAGAACCUCGCCACUCCUAUAUUCGGCAGUGAGUGUUGUUUCUGUCUGGGGGUUUUUCAGUAGAGGGAUUUUUUUCAAAAAGUGAUGAUUAGAGUGUGUGUUAUGUGUCAGCAGUAAGUGUGGGUCUUUCAGCGAUAAGUGUGGGUACUUAUUCUGAUUCUGUUUGCAGAUGUAAUAUCCGUUAGUGUUUAUCUGAUGUGUUUUUUUCCUCUCUCCACCCAGGGUGUGUGCGGUGCCUCUAGCCUGUAACGGUGUGUGUUUGUGCUGAGCGUGUAACUGACAUUUUUAAACAACUAAUUGACCAACAUCGGUUCAAUUAUUUAAUUUCCAUUUCGUUCCGGGUUUUUCUGUGAGCUCAAUGCGUACAUUGCACAGUUUCUCUAGAGAUAAAUCAGAUCCAGCCUGAACUGUGCGAUGUAGUAGGGAGUUGUAGUUUCCAACAGGCCAAUAUUAUACAUAGUUUAGUGCAUAAAACGUGGUAAUUAACUACAAUGACCAUAAUCCAUUGCACAUCUACUUGUCCGGUCUGUGUUUCUUUUACGCCUGCUACGGAAGAGACGGAAGAAUGCGCGAUCGUGAGGUGAUACAGAGAGCAGCUGUUGCUUCGUGAUGUAUCUCUAACUACAAAUACAUGAUCUAAGUGAUUGAUAGUUGUUAUUCAGCAGUCAUAAAUGUAUGCCUUAUUUACUUUGAAGAACUACAAAAUAGUGAUUUUGUCAGACAGCAUAGGCAGCAGCUCUAUAGAGAUAAGACGAUGACUUGGAAUGAAAUAAUAAAGUAAUCAAAUAAAACAAAUGCAAUAUACACAACACUGAAAUAUUUUAUUAAAGCAAUGUGAAUAAAUUAUGGUUAAUAAGUGAUAAGUAGUAAUGGCCAGUCACUACCUUCAUGGGACUUUUAUUAAUUGUUUUAUUCUGUGUUACAGCAUUCAACCCACAUAAUGCAUAGUGCAUUUAAUGUUAAUUUUUUUUAUCAAAAACCGUAAGAUAAAAAAAAAAAAAUCUAACCGAACCGAUCUUAAACACUAAUCGCUCAGCACUAGUGUGUGUGUGUAUCUGAUGUGUGUUUCCUCUCUCCAUCCAGGGUUUGUGCGGUGUCUCCAGCCGGUGCUGGUCUCCAGACAGGACCCAGACUCCCGUAAGAACACCAUUAUGGAGAUAGACAGCAGAGCCAAGUCUGGAGGCCGCUGGCCACAGGUCUGUCGCAUGCAUACACACACACACAGUCUUGUGGGGACGCACAAUUCAGUCCCAUUCAAAAUCCUAUUUUCCCCAACACAUAACCCUAAACCUAACCCAAGCUCCUAACCCUAGCUCCUAACCCUCAACCUAAUUCUAACCCUAACACUAAUUCUAAGCUUAACCCCAAACCCCCUAGAAAUAGCAUUUCACCUUGUGGGGACUAACAAUAUGUCCCCAUUGGUCCAUUUUUUGUUUGUUUACUAUUCUUGUGGGGACUUCUGGUCCCCACAAAUAUAGUUAAACACAUCCACACACAUACACACACACACACAGCCAUUUGGUAAUUUUUAUCAUAAUUGAUCAUGUCUUGUCUAGCUUGUAGUCUGACAAGGAGCAUGGGAAUUAAACAUCACACCUUUUUACACCAGGAAGUUGCCUUGUGAACUUCCUCUCACGUGACAUAUCCUUCAAACACAAUUUCUGUCACUACUUCCCUGUGACAGAAAGUCUGCUUCAUUCAGCAUAGAAUGAAACACUGGCCUAGAUCCAUCUACAUUGUCAGUGGCUGUACUAAAAUAAACCUGUUAUUUAUGUUCCAGAUCCUGGUCUUCCCUGAGGGGACUUGUACAAAUCGCUCAUGUCUCAUCACUUUCAAACAAGGUAGGUUGAGCUUCACUACCAUGCUUGUUUUUAAAUAGGAGUAGAAACACAUACUCAACAUUUGUGUGUGGAUCCAAGGUAUCAACUGAUGCCAAACAGUGUACCAUUGAUAGGGUAUGAAAAUCAUGUGGGACCCUACAAUGUCCAUAUUAUAUUCCCAUCUAACAGGCUGGUUGUCAUUUGCUUAUAGUGGAGACGGACAGCCUUCCAGACAGUCUGCAGGGAGAGACAGACAGUAGCAUCCACUCUAGUGGUGUCAUUUACUUAAUGCAAAUUCACUUGUAAACAAAUGGCAGAGAUAUGGCCAUGCGGUUGCAGAAUGGUGUUCAUUUAGCUUCUUUCUGGGGUGCUUGUGUAACAGGUGUGAAAUGGCUAGCUAGUUAGCUGUGUGUGCUAGUAGAGUUUCAAUCAGUGACUUCACCCACUCUGUGACCUUGAAGUAGUUGUUUCCUUUGCUCUGCAAGGGCUGUGGCUUUUGUGGAGUGAUGGGUAACUAUGCUUCGAGGGUGACUGUUGUCGAUGUGUGCAGAGGGUCCCUGGUUCAAGCCCAGGUUGGGGCGAGGAGCGGGAUGGAAACAAUACUGUUACACUUGUUUUGACACAACACCUCUCCAUUUUUGCAGUAUACUACAUGCUAUGUGCCUCAUUGUGUGGUCAGUCACCUGAUGCAAACACAAUGGGCUUCUCCAGAGUGAAGGGGCCUGAGUGUAUCCAUUACUUCCUGGAACAGAACAGUAGCCAUAGCGACAUGGAAUAGAUUGCGCGUUGUGAUAAUGAACUUCAGAAGGAAAUGACUGAAGAUUAACUACACAAAAUACGAAGAACUAGGCUAUUAGGAUCUGAGUGAAUUGUACAGUAGCUAAUGCUACGGUUAAAUCCUAAAGCUGUAAACCUGAGAAUGCAUCUAAUAGUCCAUGUAAAUAACAGCAUACAAGACCCUCAUUUACACUCUAUGGCAUGUUACAGCAUUUGCAUAGUCAUUUGCAUCUAACAGAAUUGCUUUGUUCUACUACAGUGCCAAUAGCCAAACCCACAGACCUAAUACUAGUGGCUUCCAUACAGUACUGAUUGGUAUAUUGAUCAGGGUUAGAUGAAUCCAGCUUCUGGUCUUGUUAUUGAUUGGACAUGUACUGUGGGUAAAUGAGCUCUCAUCGCCUGCACUCCAAUUAGUAGGCUGUCUGUGCUCCUGUGUUUGCACACAUGGGUUGUGUGUGUGUGUGUGUGUGUGUGUGUGUGUGUGUGUGUGUGUGUGUGUGCGUGCUCACUUAGUUAGAAUAGUAGUCAGUGCUGGAGGUCAGUAGGGUCUCACUCUGUCCCUCUCUCCCCAUCAGGUGCCUUCUUCCCUGGGGUCCCAGUGCAGCCUGUGGUCAUGAGAUAUCCCAACAGACUGGACACUGUGACUUGGACUUGGCAAGGCUUCAGCUCGUAAGUCUACAGUACACUCAGUGGAUUACAAUAAUCAGUGUUGCCUCACUGCUUCAACGCUAUAUUUACCCUGUUGUUUUCUGUACACUCUCUCACAUUGCAAUUAUGUUCUUGUAACUUCUCCUCAAGGGCCCAUAGUUAGGCUUCAAACUCUGGGAAUAGAGAUUUUCACUGUUCAGCGAUGAAUUGUUUUUCAGUUUAGUAGGUUUACAUUUCAAUCUUGUUGUAUGGGAUUACCAUUAUGCACUUUGAAUAGAGGUGAUGAUGAUUUUUGGUGAUGUUCUUUCAGGAGAACCUUGCUGCUUCUCACUCUGUCUCAGCUCUACACCAAUGUAGAGAUAGAGGUUAGUAUUAGCACACUACACAGGAUUACUUACUUAGAAGGCCAAGAGAUAGUGACUUCAUAACACAUUCAUUAGCAGUACCUAUGUGUUAUGUAUGGUUUAUAAAUGUGUUAUGUAUGGCUUAUGAACGUGUUAUAAAGUCCUUAUCUAGGUGGCCCUCCAGUUAGCCUGUACUUCCUGGUUAGUCCCUGUUUUGACCUUUGCCCUCUCCUCCAGUUUCUCCCUCCAGUUACCCCCACUGAGGAGGAGAAGGAAAGACCUGUGCUGUUCGCCAGGAGAGUACGAAAUGUUAUGGCCCAGUAAGUGUGUGUGUGUUUGGUAUUACAGCAUUUAAUAAUAGCUUCCUUAUGUUUAUUCUUACCCAUCUCUUCAAUGCUAUCCCUUUGUGUGUGCAGGGCCCUGGGUGUGCCAGUGACGGACCACACAUAUGAGGACUGUAGACUGAUGAUCUCGGCUGGGGAGCUCACUCUUCCCAUGGAGGCUGGUCUAGUGGAGUUCACUAAGAUCAGCCAAAAACUUGAGUAAGACUGGCUCCUCUGCCGCUUUAAUACUGUGUUAUUGCCACACUGCAUUAGACAAUACUACUUUAUUUGUCCAACUGCUACAUAGGCAAUUGGUAAUAGUUGGACACACACACAGACCUACACCCUCUUCCUCCCCUGAGUAAGUCCUUGCGUCCUGCCUUCCUCCUUUCCUCCCUGGUCCCCCUCAGCCUAAAGUGGGACAAUGUGAAGAAGGAGCUGGAGGGCUUUGCAGCCGUGGCCUGCUCCUGUAAAGGAGGCCGCAUCACCAUCCAGGAGUUCGCCAGCUUCCUCAAGCUGCCCAUCAGCCCCGCCCUGCAGGAGCUGUUUGCUCUCUUUGACAGGGUGAGAGCCAGUCACAUCUAGUUCAAUCUCUCUUCUAGGUUUUCCUAGGUUGUGUUGGAUUGGUGCAAGCUUGGCUGGAGGAAGUGUACACCAUAUUUCUUACAACAUUCCUUUGAAAUCUACAAAGGGAAGUGUACGAGUGCACUAUUCUUGCGAAGCGUAGAUAAUCAGACCACAGCCAUUCUGUCUGUUCUCUCCAACUCUCCAACCUGUGACUGGAUGGGCUAAGUAACUGAGGAUUUAGUAUGAUGUCCCUCACUGCUUUGUUCAUAGAGGGGGUAAACAAACUGUCUGAAGAAAUAAAGGAACCAUUGUUCAUCUUGGAAAAACAUACUGUAUGUGUAUAGUAUUGUAGUCCACAGAAUGCAAUGUGUAGUCUGGCUUUGUUAACUGAUACUUACCUCUCACUCUGUCUCUCUCUAGAAUGGAGAUGGCACCAUUGAUUUCAGAGAGUAUGUCAUCGGUGUAACCAUCUUGUGUCGGCCAGCCAACACCGAAGAGGUCCUCCGCACAGCUUUCCAGGUUCGGCCAAUAAAAACCCUGCUUGUUGCGAAUGUAGCUGUCCCACACAUGACAUUGGGGCGUUGGAAUGUAGCUGACACAGACUGUGUCUGUGAGGUCUACCAAUGGUUUGGGAGCAAUAGAGGAGCGCUCAGUGGCUAUGAUAAAGUCAAAUACGUGUGAGUGGGGGGUACUGUUUUGUGGUUGUCUGAGGGGAACAUGAAGUAGGUUUGAAAGCCACAUGGUCAUAAGAGCAAUCUCGUUUUCAAUAAGCAAGUCUAUGUGUUGUCAUUACUUAAGUUAUUGUCUCCCUCUCCUUAGCUGUUUGACACUGACGAGGACCAGAGAAUCACUCAUGAAGAGUUCUCCUCCAUGCUUCGCUCUGCUCUAGGUGUGUGUGACCUCAACGUCUCCAAACUCUUCAAGGAGAUGGACACAGACAGCUCUGAAUUCAUCACUUUCUGUAAGUAGACCAUUGUGAAGGUCAAAGUUUAUCUGUAGUGGAGGACUACAGCGUAAACAAAAGGCAGCUGACUGCUUGCUUUGACAGAACACCAUAGAAAAAAGGCCGGAUUGAGUCUUGGAUCUGUCCUUUGUAGAAAUAUAGAAAGAUAAAUACUAUAUGGAUUUGAAAGUGGGAUAUUAGUAUUUGUAUUGUUUCUUUUAUUCUUGCUUUUUAAUUCUCAUAGGAAAUUAACAUUACUAUCAAAAGUAGCCCAUUUUAAACAACAACUUUGUGGAAUUUUAUUUGAAUUUUUAUGAUGUAACAGAAUUUCUUCUUUAGUCACUGACAAUUUGAAUAUAGUUCUGAUUUUAUCCUCUCUGCAACUGAAUUCCAGGUAUUGUGAGCAUUGAUAAUAUACCAAAUAUACUACUGUAAGUUCUGAUUUGAUCCUCUGUCUUUCCAUUUCCCUCUCCAGCCGAGUUCCAGGCGUUUGCCCUGAACCACCCAGAGUAUGCCAAGCUGUUCACCACCUACCUGGAGCUCCAGCGGUACCAGGCCCUCCAGGGGGUGGAGUCAGAACUCUCUUGCACCAAUCACGUCUGCUCUGAGGACAACCAGGAAGAGAGCACCUCUGACAAGAAGGACGACUAAGUCUGAGGCAGAGACUGUCGUUUUGUUCGAGAGCAUUACCAUACAUUUUGCUCAGUAGCUGAU